CCUUUUUCAACACUUCCAGGUGACUUCGGGCACUUCAAGCAAAAUAACCCCGAAGUUAUCCAAGUGUAUUUAGCGGUGCAUGAUUUUCUCACUUUGAUACCUGGAUAAUAUUCGUUAUUAAAGAAUAUUUUAACUAUUAACAUGAACGCGCCACCGACCUUCGAAUCGUUUCUCUUGUAUGAUGGAGAGAAAAAAAUCAUCAAGGAACAAGAUUCAAAAGUACCCAAUGCAGCAAUAUUCACAGUCAAUAAGGAAGAUCAUACCCUGGGAAACAUGAUUCGAAAUCAAUUGUUAAAGGAUCCUCAAGUUUUGUUUGCUGGAUACAAAUUGCCGCACCCGUUGGAGCAUAAAUUUGUGAUCCGUAUUCAAACAACAUCCGAUUAUACGCCUCAUGAAGCAUUUAUGCAUGCCAUAACUGACCUCAUUGCAGAACUAUCACUGUUUGAAGAACGUUUCAAGGAAGCUAUAAAGGAAAAGAAGGAUGGCUUGGACUAAAUAAAUCUACAGAAUUAUCUUCAUUCCUUUCUUUUUAUAGAAAUAACAUGUAUAUUUUGUUUUGUUACUAUAUUUCGGUAGGCGAAUAAUAAAUGAUAACAAUUUUUGCUAAACGAGUUAAUGUUUCAUCUCAAGCUAAUAUAUAUUGCGACUUUGUAAAUGAAAUGUGCACUAAGAUCUAUUCGACAUUACACCAAAAAGUACAAAUUUGCUAUACUUUUACUAAUUGAUUUUAUAUUUUACACUGAUUCUACGCUUGGGCAUAGUGGCCUUACUAAUUGAAUUUAAUAUUGAACUGGCUCUCCGAGCUUGAUUAAAAUCCGUGUAUAUAGGACACCAUCUCUUAUGCUCCUGUACAAUUUUGGUUGACAGAUUUAUUACAUUGAGUCCACGGUUGAACCAAUUCGUGUGUUGGUUUUUACCUUAUAUGGUCUGCUUUGCGUAUCCCAGCUAACAGCUAACUUGCUUCUAAAGCGUGCCUCACUAGGUUUAUGAUGUUUGAUGUUAAAUGUAUUUUCGCUUGUGGCUCCAUGUAUGUUUAAUAUCAUUUCUGUAAUCGGAAUAUUUUUGUAUUUAGGUAAUUUUAUGAUUAAACAAUUGAAUAAUGUAAAAAUUUUGUGACAAAAGAUGGCACAGGUGUGCACAACUGAACACGUAUUCAGGGUGUAUUAAGUACAGUUAUCUAAGGCAAUGUUCUACGGGGCUGCUUCACCUUAGGAAUUGAUUCUUAAGAUUCAAUUAUUCAAGGUAAAACAAUAUUAACUAAUAAGCGUUUCAUCUACGAUCGAAUAUAUCCCUCAAGACUUAGCAAUGUCACCAGCGCUGUGCACCAUUUCUGAGAACUUAGCGGCAUAGCAUCGUACUGAUGGUGGUAAAGCACAGCUCGAUCUGAAUUACCCCUAGCAAAGUUUGUUAUUGUAUUGCAUUGAAUAUAUUCUACUUGGUUAAACA